GCUUAUUCCAAAUUCCAGCUACCAUGAGAACACCUUCCCCUUCCUCUCACCGAUGCCACCUCCUCUCCUCCCACGCCUCCCCACCUCUCCACUCAAAGCUCACUUCCUCCACCGAAUUCUCCUCCAAUUCUUCUCUUAUUCGGCAAAACCGAAGUGGAAUUCCAACCACAAUCUCAUCAUCACCCACCCGGUCUUAUCCAUCAUGGAAUCCUGUAAUUCCAUGGCUGAAUUGAAACAAAUCCAAGCCCACAUGACUCGGACCGGGCUCAUUGCCCACCGCUUCCCCGCCAGCCGCGUCCUGGCCUUCUGCGCCCUCUCCGACUCCGGCGACAUCAGCCACGCCCGCAUCGUCUUCGCCCAAAUCCCCGGCCCCAAUACCUAUAUCUGGAACACCAUGAUCAGGGGAUACACCAGAUCUAAACAUCCCCGUUCAAGCCUCUCCUUGUUCUGUCAAAUGAUCUGCCAACGCGUCGUGAUGGAUAGCCGGACAUUUGUUUUUGUACUCAAGGCUUGCGAGCAGUUUUUGGAAGUAUUUAUGGGUGAAGAAAUCCAUUGCAUGAUUUGUAAGCUUGGAUUCGAUUCGGAUUUGUUGGUGGAGAAUGGUUUGAUGCACUUCUAUGUGAAAAAUGGGUUGUUGGAUUCUGCAAGGAAGGUAUUCGUUGAAUCAUGUCAACGAGAUGUGGUUUCUUGGACCACAAUGAUUGACGGAUACUCGCAGAAAGGGCUGCCUGAUGAGGCAUUGAGGCUGUUUUACCGAAUGUUAUUGAUGAAUAUCCAACCGAACGAGGUCACUAUGAUCACCGUGCUUUCAGCCAUCUCUCAAUUGGGUCAUUUGAGAUUGGGAAAAUUGGUGCAUGAAUUCAUAUGGAAAAGUGAAAUGAAUGUUACAGUUAAUUUGAUGAAUGCAUUGGUGGAUGUGUAUGGGAAAUGUGGCUGUGUAGAUUCUGCAAGGGAGGUUUUUGAUAGCAUGGGAAUCAAGGAUGUUUUCUCAUGGACCAGUAUGGUCAAUGCAUAUGCUAAAUGUGGUGAUUUACAACUCGCAAGGCAGUUUUUUGAAAGUAUGCCAGAAAGGAAUGCGGUAUCUUGGAGUAGUAUGAUUGCGGCAUAUGCCCAAGCAAAUCAGGCUAAAGAAGCACUGGAAUUAUUCCAUGAGAUGCUUGGGAUGUGUGUAAAACCUAUAGAUGCCACUCUAGUAAGUGUGCUUUCAGCAUGCGCCCAAUCCGGUUGCUUGGAUCUUGGUAGAUGGAUAUAUGAUCAUUUCAUUGAUAGGAAAAUAAUCAAACUCAGCAUGAAUCUGGCAAAUGCAUUCAUAGGCAUGUAUGCCAAAUGUGGAGAUAUUAAGGCUGCAGCUAGGUUGUUUCAUGAGAUGCCAGAGAGGGACAUAGUAUCUUGGAAUGCUAUGAUCAUGGCAUACGCAGUUCAUGGUUAUGGCAAUGAGGCCUUGACCCUUUUUGAGCAGUUGAAGAGUGAGGGGAUGGUCCCCGAUGAUAUCACAUUUGUGGGAGUCUUAUCAGCAUGUAGUCAUGCUGGCUUAGUUGUGGAAGGCCUGAGGCAUUUCAAAGACAUGAGAUCCAUAUUCGGAAUAGAGCCCAAGUCCGUACAUUAUGCAUGCCAGAUAGACCUGCUUGGUAAAGUUGGGCUCCUGGAAGAUGCCUAUGAAUUGGUAAGGAGCAUGCCAGUGGAACCGGAUGAAGCCGCAUGGGGUGCUCUUCUUAAUGCAUGCCGGAUUCAUGGUAAAGUAGAAUUGGGAAAGUAUGCCGGGGAUAAAUUAUUAGGUUUGGAUCCUGGAGAUAGUGGAAUCUAUGUGCUCCUAUCUAGCAUGUAUGCUACCAGAAACAAAUGGGAUGAUGUGAAGAAGGUGAGGAGGAUGAUGAGAGACAGGGGAGUAAAGAAGACUCCUGGCUGCAGCUCGAUAGAGGUGGAUGGGAAGUUCCAUGAGUUCUUUGUCGCGGACACAUCACAUGUUCUAUCAAAAGACAUAUAUAUGACUUUGGAUAACAUAUACUUGCAAUUAAGGAUAGAAGGCUAUGUUCCCAAGUCUUGAACUUUGAUACGACAUUGGUGAUGAUGCCUCUACAAACAUCAAGAUGAGGAUUUCAUGGAAAUUGACAGGAAUCAUGCACAACCUCAACUAGGAAAGGGUAUCGGCUACAUAGAAGAGCCGAAUUAACCUUCUACCUUAAUAGAAGGUGAGAAGAUCCCUGAUCUUGUGGAUGCAGACUACAAAAUGCUCUGAUUAUCAAGUAUUGUGGCUUUAGAUGUGCAUGAUGGUCAAAAUGCAAAGAUUUUGAUCGGGAACUGAAAUUUGUUUCUUUGUUGCAGUCAUUAUAUGGAAGGUCCAUAUUCAUCAUUCCCAAAUUGGUUUUCAUGGAGAGGUGUAUCUUUUCCGAGAAAUUACAUGGAGAGAUGCAUCAAGAUGAAAUGUUAUCAAUGCCUUAUUAUUGGACUAAAUUAUUCUCAAGGUGAGUCAUGGACAGUGUUUUGAGUGAAUGAUAGGUUGGUGUCAGAAAACUACAUCCCGCUUUAAUUAGAGAUGCGCAUCCAGGGUUGCUCUUGUUGGAUUAGACGUGAACCAUCACUAUUACUGGCUUUUUCUAAGUGGUCCCGAAGAAGCUAGUCUUUGAGGACUUAGGAGCAGUUCUCCAUCUUUUGUACCUCAUGCUUCAACAAUGAAACAUGUGAUCCAUAUCCCAGAAGGUACUGCUUCAUAUCUCCUAGUGCUUACAAUUGAAGGAACACCAAUGGAUUCACAACCACAAGCCAUGCAAGGAAUAAUGAUGUGGAAGUAUGACCUUAUCAGUCCUAAUUGUUCGACUGUUGAGGCCAGCAGAUUUAGCUAGGAUAUUGCUGUAAUGUUAAAUAAAUCCACAGAAACCCUAUCUUUUGUGAGAUUCUUUCCAAUAAUUGUAUUAAAUAAGGUACCUUGAUAUUGCUCUACUCCUGAAUAUCGAUGAAUAUUUGCAAUCUAA